AAAGCACACAACUUGAACAUCGGGGGAGAAGCAUGGGCCACCGCUUAGGUUGCCCUCUCCCGCCUCCCACUGGCCAGAUUCAUCCGGUUUCCUGUCACUGGGAACCACGAUGGAGUCCACGGCUUGCACGGGGUCCCGUAAGUGGCCCGAUUCGGCCGUGACAAUCGAGAUGGAUCAAUGGAGAUGGGUUGGUCGCUCUUUCUUUACGUACUCAUCAUGCUUCAACCACUCUACGGAUACUCAUACUUUACGGCCCGGAUACAGCACCCUCUGCCUUAUGGAUGCCAUGUAUCUGUAAGCCGUCCAAGUAGGUAUACACAUACUAAGAGACCAUCUCUUCCAUCUCACGCAUCUCCCUACCUUGCCACGCCGUGCGGGUCAGAUCCGGUCCCGCCCGUAGUCACGGGCAGUAGCGGCGCUCAAAGGUUCCCGUCCUUUUUAUUUUUAUUUUUUAAACCCGCCAUCCAGUGUUGCAGCGGAUGUCAGCAUCGAGCAAGAGGGUGCCUUGCGGAUUCAAUCUGCUUCCCCAACGCAAGGCAAGGGCAAAGGUACCUCAUGCGCAUCUGCACCUGCUGCUUACCUACCUAGCUUUCUCUAUCUCCGCCUCGACAGAAUACCGCGCCGCCUGUGCCAUGCCAUGUCAUGCCAUGCCGUGCCACGCCACGCCACGCCACGCCACGCAAACCGCAUCUCAUCUUACUCUAUCUCAUCCUACUCUACCUUUCAUCGGGAAG